CCUCUCUCUCCCUCUACUCCGUUGAAAAGUUUUGACAUUGCUGUUUUAUGCUUCAGUUUUAACUCCUUUGAUUAGUAUAUUUUAAUAUUUCAUAGAUCAUAUUACUCUUUCCCUCAUCAGCAUCUCUCUCUUUGGUUUGCUGGUUUCAACUUCAAUGGCAUAGUGCUUUGGUUCAGAGCAGCCAUGGAGUUUUCUCGAUUCGAUCAAGUUGACCCAGAUCUUCAAUUUGUUUGGCUCUGCUAAAGUGUUUUCCUUUUUUGACUGAGAGCUGGCUUCGUGGCAACCCAUUAAUCAUCAUUUUGAUAUCUGAAGGGUGAUAUCAAAAUCUUUUUCUAGAAAGGAGAUCAGAAAUGUUGACCUGCAUUGCGUGUUCCAAGCAGCUUAAUGACAAGAGAUCUCUUCCCCAACAAGAUGAGCACGAAGAAGCUGUGGAUACACCCAGCACCAAGCAGGCCAUUAAGGCCCUCACAGCGCAGAUCAAGGACAUGGCGGUGAAGGCUUCUGGGGCAUAUAGAAAUUGCAAGCCUUGUUCAGGAUCUUCAAAUGGUAACAGGAACCAUAACUAUGCUGAUUCUGAUAUGGCUUCAGAAUCAGCGAGAUUUCACUGGGCGUACAAAAGGACUGGUAGCUCCAACUCAACCCCCAGGCUUUGGGGAAAGGAGAUGGAGGCGAGACUGAAGGGGCUCUCUAGUGGGGAAGGAACGCCGGCGUCGGUGAGUGGCCGGACUGAGUCGGUGGUGUUCAUGGAGGAGGAUGAGCCCAAGGAAUGGGUUGCUCAAGUAGAGCCUGGUGUGCUUAUCACUUUCGUUUCGUUGCCUCAAGGUGGGAAUGAUCUGAAACGAAUACGGUUCAGCCGGGAAAUGUUUAAUAAAUGGCAAGCUCAGAGGUGGUGGGCUGAGAAUUAUGACAAGGUCAUGGAGUUAUACAACGUUCAAAGGUUCAAUGAACAAGUAGGUCCUCUGCCAACCCCACCGAGAUCCGAGGAUGAGAGCUCGAAGAUUGAAUCUGUUAGGGACAGCCCUGUCACGCCUCCUCUUAACAAAGAGCGUCCACCCCAUCAUCUUCUUCACCGCCAAAUGGGAAUGGGAUACUCUUCAUCGGAUUCACUGGAUCUUCACCACACAAUGCUACAACGCCCAUGCUAUGAAACAAGUGGCUUAGCUUCGACACCUAAACUUUCUGGCAUCAGUGGAGCAAAGACUGAAACAUCAUCCUUAGAUGGUUCUGUGAGGACUAGUUCAUCAAGAGAGGGAGACCAGUCGGGUGAGCUUUCACUCAGCAAUGCCAGUGAUAUGGAGACUGAAUGGGUUGAACAGGAUGAACCAGGAGUAUACAUCACCAUCAGAGCACUGCCAGGGGGUGCCAGAGAACUCAGGCGUGUCCGGUUCAGCCGAGAAAGGUUUGGAGAAAUGCACGCGAGGUUGUGGUGGGAGGAGAACCGGGCAAGGAUACAGGAGCAAUAUUUGUGAUCAUACAGGCAGUUUCAGCAGGCUAACAGGAUGAGGAAGUACAGCAAGAAACCAAAUACAUAUAGAUGUUGGGGGGAUGGAUAGAGGCGUAUUGUGUAUUCUUAGGUCCUGUUACUUUUUCUUUUUAUAUUCUUCGGUGGAUAAAAAAUGUUGAGCAAGUGACUUAGUCGCUGUAACUUAGUUAACAGUGGAAUCUGUACUUCACUGUGGCUAUGACAAGAUGCUGAUAGCAGGAAAAAUAACUUGCAGCACAGUGAAAUUUUAGCCAAUAGUGGAACUUGUGUGGGUAUGGUUAAAUGCUUUCUCUUCAUCAUAUAUCAUCAACUUUAAUCUUUGUCGUUCUGGUAUAUUCA